UCAUAAACCAAAUUUGUCGAGCUCAAAUUUCUCCAAUCACAGUUGGAAUGAGCUCGGCGGCUAUUCCACAGGAGAAUCCCUCACUACCCCCAUCGCCCUGUCCCAAAAAGAUGGCCAUUGUGCCUCCGUGCAAGGAGAUGCAGCAGGCCAAACGUGACAACAACAAUAAUCAAGAUAUUGAACAGAAGGAAGACAAUGAUCAACACGAAUGUAUCCAGGACAUACUGAAUAUUGGCCCAGGCCCAGGCCCAGGCGCAGGCAAGACGGCCACUCUUCAGGCUCAAAUCACGAUGCCGAUGGAUAUAGAUUCAGAGGACGAGACUAUCCAGGGCAAGCCUGACAAGGAAACACAGGGUUUCGAAAUUUCAAUUUUCACGGACAUAAAGCACGCCAUUCAGGACAUUCAGAACUCGUUAAAUGAAGAUCGCCAGGCCAUGGACUGUCAGGACCAAGACGGCAAGACAGGAAUGCUACUGUUAACGGACACAAAACCAGCAGAAGAGGCGGCAUCCAAGACUCCAAUGAUGAUUCAAAUUAGUAUUUCGUCAACCGCAGUACCCCCACCAGCAGAAGGGGCACCAGCCGAGACUCCUGAUGAGAUUCAUGGCCUCCUUUUGGAGGCCAAGGCAACGAAGCGCAAGGCAAAUACUUAUCAUUAUUAUUACUGUCACUGUCGCUGUUGCUGUCAAACUUUCGAUACGCUCAAGAAGAUGAUUAAGACCCAAGUCCAGACAACAAGCGGGGUCCUCAGCUACAAGGAUCUCACGGCCAAGCUGCGCGAGGAGGCCAAGAGGACCGGCAUUAAGAGUUGGAUGCCCUUCAAGCCUGCCAGCAAGAAGAAAGUCAUCUCCACUCUGAUCAAAUCCCGCCAGACACCCAACCUUGGGCUGUCGGAUGUGCACAAUGUGAUUGCAGGCACUGCCAAACAUCUCAAAUGCAAGAAUUUUAGUUAUAUCUCUUACGAGAACUGCAGGGAUAGUCCGAACUAUUUCUAAUUUGAUAGCAUCUACUGUGUGGACUCUUUUUCCCAUAAUAAAUGAUUGCCAAUCCA